AUGGAUCAGAGCAAUCGAUCUAGAAGAACUGAUUUGGAUAUAGAUAGUUUUCGAAGUGAUGAGCCUGGCUAUGAUAGGGCUCGUAUGAGAAGACAAUCUGGUGGAUUUGUGGACUUAGGAAAUGAGUCACAAUAUGGCAGUGGUGGUCAUCAAGCCUCUGGCGCCAACGAAAUCUUCGCAGAUAUACAGGGAGAUGUACCUUGGUGGAAAUCAAACUUUUUCAUAUCUCAACCAGUGUUAUUUAGUACAUGGGAUGGAGUAUUCACAUCAUGUCUGAUCAAUAUAUUCGGAGUUAUUGUGUUCUUACGUUCCGGCUGGCUUGUAGGUCAAGCUGGAUUGGUUAAUGCUGUAUUUAUAGUUAUUUUUACAGUGUUUGUAGCCCUGAUCUCAGUCCUUUCGGCAGUGGGUAUUUGUGACAGAUGCAGAAUAGAAAGUGGCGGAGUCUACUUCUUACUGGCACAUACAUUGGGCUCUAGAAUGGGUGGAACACUGGGCAUGAUUUAUUGCUUUGGACAAGCCGUGGGAUGUGCCUUAAAUGUGUAUGGUUUUGGUGAGUCCAUAGCCAGCUUAGUGGUAUCAGGGGCAGAUCAGUGGCCUGCCCGUGGGUUUGCCAUUGUGGCUCUGGUCCUACUAGCCAGUAUCAACGUCGCUGGAGUGAAAUGGGUCAUCAAGUUACAAUUUAUACUGCUUUUGAUAAUCUUGUUGGCGGCUCUAGACUUCUUAGUGGGGUCCAUAACUGGUGGAGAUCCCACUAAAGAUUUUCGAGGUUGGGGCAGUGGAGUAAUAGGAAACAACACAUGGCCUCUUGAUGAUCUACCAGGGUACUCAUGGUUCAAAUGUUUCGGCGUGUUCUUCCCCACUAUCACUGGCAUUUUAGCUGGCAUUAACAUGAGUGGCGAUUUAAAAAAUCCUUCAGUGAAUAUUCCUAACGGAUCCUUGGCUGCUAUUAGUACUGGGACGUUUUUAUACCUCAUAUUCAUAAUAACACUGGCAGGUACAGUGACAAGGCAAGGCUUGCUAGACAAUCUUUCGAUCACGGCAGAAGUGUCCCAAGUCAAAGUCCUGCUUCUAGCAGGGUUGUAUGUCAGUUCCAUGAGUGCGUGUCUUGGAGCUAUGUAUGGGACACCGAGAGUGUUACAGAGUAUUGCCAAUGAGAAAGUUAUACCUGGCUUAGCAAUUCUUGGACAGGGGCGUGGCCCGAACAAAGUGCCAAUAUACUCGAUGGUGGUAGUUGCGAUAGUGACGAUUACGUUCAUCAUAAUCGGCGAUAUAAAUGCGCUCGCUCCAAUUGUCACCAUGCCCUUCCUCAUCACAUACGCUAGCAUUGAUUACUCUUACUUUGCUCUCGCCCAAUGUUUUGAUUUGCAACACAAACGCGAGAUGAGAUUCCAGGGUCACUCACAGGGGCAAAGUCAAGUGUAUGGCGCUACAGGAAGCGAUUUGGAUCUUUUAUUCCCUGAAAGGAUUAGACAUAAGACUGUUGGCGACCUAACUCCCUCUCCAACGGACCCGGCAAUAAUGAACGGCCGAAUGUCGAACGGCGACGUGCGCCGGCCGAGUGUCGUCGUCCAUUCCAAGAACAAGAACUGGUACUCACAUUUAUGCAAUCGAUGGCUGUCUUUGGCUGGGGUUGCGAUUAAGCUUCUCCUAAUGUUCCUAGUGCACUGGAUGUACGCUUUAGGAUGCCUGUCCAUUCUAUGGCUGUUGUGGCUGUACAUCGGCGCCGCCAAUCCCGCCGUCAAGCCUGGACGCGCCUCUGAAUUUAAAUUUUUCCGUUGGCUUAAGAUGUCUUUCUUACAAGCUAUAGGUAAGCGACCACUAGAAUACGAACAGCUAGUAGUAACGCCUGUACAUGCGGACAUCACAGUCGAACAAGAAAGACUGAAUGACGACAAUGAGGACUUCGCUUCGCGUCGCCGGUACCACCAGUCCACGGCGCUGCAGAGCCAUCUCGUCAGUGUCGAUACGUAAAAAUAUUGAUAGUAAGUAAGGUGUCCUGGUGUUGUAGUAAUUGAUGACAUUAAAAGGGGUGACUACUUCAAAAAUUACCAAAAAUAAUCAAGAUUAUUUCAAUACUCGAGGGAAUCAUUUAAAAUGCUAAUUACUAUGAGAACUAACUAAUUACUAUUACAAAAAUAAAGAAAAACAAAAAUUAAAUGCUGACAAAACUUAAUUGUUAUUGAUUGAAAUUGAUAUUAAAUUUUCAACCUAAUUCAAAUGUGAAGAUUAGUGUAAUAUAUUAUACGAAAUAAAAGAUCCCGUCUACCUGUAAUCAACGUUUAUUGUCGACUGACUGGCAACAAUGACAAUGCAUGCAUACCCACUAAUCUGACACUACACUCCUUCACACUAAUUUAACACUUACGAUAUUACUAAACCCUUAAUAUCUAAAAUUUAUAAUUAGGAACCUUAUUAAUUCUACACUGUCGGAUCAUGCGAGUUCGGGGCGGUUGUGGUGGCGUCGGCGACGUGGUAGGCGAUGCAAACUGCCACUCAGGCGUAACAGGACUUUCCCGUUCCACUCUCUCAGAUGUAUGGUGCUUCGAAGGCGUUCGAGUCGCCGAGCCUGGCGACCCCUCCUCCUGUUCGCUCUCAAUUUUGUCUGUCCCGUAUACCGGGCUGUUGAACGAUCUAUCUGGUGCAGACUGAGGCUGAGGACUUGUGCUUUCUUUUUUUUCUAAUCUAGAUGAUGUUGAAACAAUAGAUAACCGAGUGCUGUUAGACCGUCUCCGUAACUGAUCGACAUGACGAUGUACGGUUUCCCCACUACUGCUUAUUACUUUAACGUUAUUGGGUCCCAAAGAGUCAACUACACUGCCGGGCGCCCAUUUUUCCCCUUUCAAGAAUAAUCUAUACCAUACUUCUUCCCCUUCAUUGACCGUUCUAUUUACGCCUCCUGCAGCGUUUUUCUGCCUUUGUUGGGCUCGUAGAACCUGCGCCUUCCUAUCGGGCUUAAUUAAAUCUAACCGGGUGCGUAACCGCCUAUCUAACAGUAACAUGGAUGGAUUCUCACCGGUCGUAGCGUGUUCUACAUUUCUGUAGUAUGUAAGAAAUGACCACAAAGCCCUAUCAACUUUACAUUUUUCCUGUAACGCUUUUUUAAUAACUCGUUUUAUAGUCCUAACCGCAUUUUCGGCUAGACCGUUGGAUGGUAAGGUGCAGUGAAUAUAUGUUCGAUUCCAUUAUUUUUAAUAUAACUUUCGAAUUCUUUUGACGUAAAUUGUGGUCUGUUAUCACUACGAUUUGCCGUGGAAUUCCCCAUCUACUAAAUAAUUCACUCAGACAAUCUAUAAGUCUGUUCGCCGUUGUACUGCUAACGUUAAACACUUCCAUCCAUUUGGACAGCGCAUCCACUACUACCAAGUAGGUGCAGCCCGCGAUGGGACCCAGGAAAUCCAAAUGUAGUCUGGUCCAUGGGCGGCGUGGCCAGGGCCACGUGCACGGCGCCUGGUGCGGAGGCGCAUCCGCCUGUGCCGCGCACACCGCGCACGCUCGGCACGCGCUCUCCACUAGUAGCUGCGCGCCAAGUCCUUUGACUUUACGAUUCCCAUAUGUGGUUCGUGUAUCAUACUCAAAACUUUUACCCUACAUUUCUCCGGGACUACGAGUCUGUGGCCCCACAUUAUACAUCCUCAUUCUUCGUAUAAUUCGCUUUUCCGAUUAACAAACGGUUGUAAAUUCACGAUCUGGUUCUGUUCGGGCCAGCCGUCUCGGAUAUAACUUAAGAGUCUUGAUAGCGAUGGGUCUCGUGAGGUCUCCCGUUUAAUUUCAUGGUAGUCCAACAAUAAAGCGUCCUGUACGAAAUUUAAAUAUGUUUGCUCCGGCGCACUCUUUUGACUCGAUUCACUGGUGGUAAUCGGCAACCGCGAGAACCCGUCCGCCCCGUUCCAAUCAGUACGCACGUACUCGAUAUCAUAAGAAUAUGUUGAUAAUAUUACCGCCAUAUUAUUAUCAUUGUUGGAAUGCCAGUAUUGGGUCCGAAUUUUGACACCAACGGCUUAUGGUCGGUCCUAAGCGUAAACCGGCGGCCAUACAAAUACUGGUGAAAUUUAUUUACACUGAAUAUAAUCGCUAGCGCCUCACGAUGUAUUUGCGAGUAAUUUUUCUCUGCGUCAGUGAGCGUGCGCGAGGUGUAGGCGACUGACCGCUCGCUGCGUCCGUCCGCGCCCAGCUGACUGAGUACUCCGCCGACGCCAUACGGGCUCGCGUCACACGUGACAAUCAGAGGCUUCCUAGGAUCAUAGUAUGCUAGUGUUUCCGCAUUCGAAAGCAGCUCCUUGAUUUCAAUGAACGCCAAUUCACACUCCGUGGACCAUGACCAUUCCCUACCUUUUUGCAAUAACUCGUAUAACGGGACCAAUUUAACGUUCAUAUUCCUUACGAACUUUCCAUAAAAAUUGACUAUACCUAGAAACGGCUUACACUGUUUUACAUCCAUUGGUCUAGGCAUAUUCACGAUCGCCUCGAUUUUUGACGAGUCUGUUUUUAUACCAUCCUUUCCUAUAACGUAACCUAGAUAUCGAACUUCAUCCACUAAAAAUACGCACUUACUAGCCUUUAGUUUUAACCCGUUACUGUGCAAUUUACUGAAAACUGCCGCUAAGUGUUCCUCCUCGCUCUUACCGCAAAUUAUGACGUCAUCCAGAAAUAUUUCUACGUUCGGAAUGCCUUUCAGUAGAUUGCACAUUAUUCUUUGAAAUAUGCCAGGGCUCGAGGAUAACCCAUAUACCAACUGAUUAUAGCGAAAUAAACCGCGGUGCGUAUUUAUUACCGUAAACUUUUUCGUCUCGUCUAAUUCAAUUUGAUUAUAUGCUUGUGAUAAGUCGAUUUUUGAAUAAUACCGCGCCCCUUCAAGGUUCACCAUUAGGUCGUCUAUUGUAGACAACGGAUAUCGGUCUAUCAGCAGUACAGGGUUCAGUGUAGCUUUGUAGUCCGCACAGAUCCUCAAAGAACCAUCAGGCUUAUUUACCAGUACGAGCGGCGAGGCCCAGUCGGAGCAAUCGACGGGCUCGAUGACGCCGGCGGCCAGCAUGUCGUCCAGCGCAGCGUCGAGGCGCUCGCGAAGCGCGUACGGCACCGGCCGCGCGCGGUCAAAGACGCCCGCUGCACCCUCCCGCACCCGCAGAUGAGCCUUGCCUCCCGUGAACCGCCCCAAACCGCCGCUGAAUAACUCCUUAUACCUAAUAAUCAGUUCAUUUGUUUGUAAUCACUACUUACAUUAUGACAACUGCUAAAUUCUGGGAUUCUAAUUUUUAAUUCCGACAACCACUGCCUGCCAAGUAACGACGUGGUUCCUCCGUCUAUGAUAAAUAAUUCUAACUGUUUACUUUUUCCUCCGACACUAAAAUUAGGUUUUAUGAUGCCUAACGGUUUAAUUUUUGAUCCGUCAUAAAAGUUUAACAUUAUUUCGUUCUGUUCGAUCCUGUGAUAACUAAAAUUUUUAUAGUAAGUGUCUUUACUUAUACACGAUACGGCCGUUCCCGUAUCCACUUCCAUUUGGAUCGUUCGACUGUCUAUUUUUACAGGGAGACUCACCGCUCUGUAAUGAUUCAAACAUAAUUGAUGAAAGUCUUCUUCCUGGAACUCUUCCUCGUCGAUCUCCUCCGCGUCCCCGUGGUGCAGUGCCGCGGAUCGCGGAGCGUGCCCAUAUUCCGGGCAGACCCGGCGCAGGUGCCCCACACUUCUGCACCGACUGCACUCGUAGUCGCGGAACCGACACACGGCAUAGUCGUGAUCGGUUGCGCCGCAACCGUAGCAACCGCUCCUGCUGCGGCUGAUCCCGCCGCCGCCGCCAGCAAUGGCUGCAUUAUGGCACGAUAUCGAGUCGUCUUCGGCGAAUAGCCUCUGACGUAUGACGUCACUUUUUAGCCCGCAAAUAAAUUGGUCGCGCAAAUUUUCGUUAAGAUUUGCACCGAACUUACAAUUACGCGUCAAUCGUUUUAACUCCGUGACGUAGUUCGCAAUAUUCUCACCGCUAAGUUGUCUACGUUGUCGAAAUAGGUACCGGUCCGCGAGAGCCGACGGGAUAGGUUGCAGAUGGUUACGUAAUAGUGCCACCACUUCACUGUAAGUCAUUGACGAGGGCUUCGUAGGGCUCGCAAGGUUCUCCAACAGCUCAUAUGCCGCGUCCCCCAUUAAAGCGAUGAGUGUCGGUAAUUUUAAUUCGUCCUUAAUGCUGUGGGCCACAAAAUACAUUUCCAACCGGUCCACAUAAGAUGACCACUUACCGCUUCCGACAUCAAACUCGUCGAUUUUCCCCACUGACAUUGUUCGGACGCUGCUUAAAAUCCUUGUGAAUCACACUAUCCACAGUCCCGAGAACACAAUUCACUUUCCGCUCGCAAAAUUACAAAUCCCAAUCCUCGUAAACCACUGUAAUAUAUUAUACGAAAUAAAAGAUCGCGUCUACCUGUAAUCAACGUUUAUUGUCGACUGACUGGCAACAAUGACAAUGCAUGCAUACCCACUAAUCUGACACUACAAUUAGUUUGAAGACAAAUUUCGGCAGUAAUAGAAAUAAUACGUUUUUUAAACAUUACAUCAAUGAAAUAAAUAAAACGUUUAUAAUAUAAAGAAAACAAUAACACUGAUUCCAAAACGCAUUUGUAUUAUUACUCUGAAUAUUUUCAUACGAGAUUAUUGUUUGUUUUACAAAAUAUGUAAUUGUCUUACAUCGAAAUAGGCAGAGUAUAUUUGCUUAAACUUCAGGUGAUACUCAUAGAGUUUAUAAUAACUCCUCAAUAAGAAAUCCCGGAAUAAUAAAACAUGAAAGCAAAAAAUAAAUCGUUUUUUUUACACUACAAUAUUAAAGCUACACACACAUAAGUAAUAGGUAUAUAACAAAAUACAAUACUUUUAGCCUAUUAAAAAUUAAUUAGUUAAGUUUGAAAAAAAAGAAAACAAUUGAGCUGAACCACUUAAUCAAUUUGUACAUCAAAUUACAGGCACAGAGACUUAUCAAUGUAUGUCUCAGGGUGACAGGCGCAGUGGCAGUGUCCCUCAGAUCUUUGGAAUUUAAAACUGUGAUUCGCACUGCAACUGCUAUGAACAAGCAUGUCGCUUAAUGCCAGGUAGGCACGACUUGUUCGUUUCGUCACUUGGUAUCAUGAAAAAAGUACUUUAUAAACAUUUAACAAAUAACUUCAAAAAUAACCAACCUAUUUUAGAAAAAAUACUAGCACCUACGGAUAGUAAACCAAAAUAGUGGCUAUCUCACAAAAAUGGCAAAUACAGUCUUGCUACGAUGUUGACAUGACAAAUGAAUGAGCAACAAUGCUACUUGGCAUUUUUUUUUCAUUUAUUUUGUGUGAAGGACACUUUGCAAUUGGCCGCUGAUGGCCUUGACUGCGCCAUCGGAUGAAAGGGCGAGCCGAAGGCUAUUAACCCAUACCUCUCGUCAGAUUUUCGCUUCGCCUUUUGUAGUACCGAUAUCGUAAACCAACCUUUUAAGCAGGGGAAUAGCUUAUAAUCCAAUAAUUCCGGGAUUUCAGGGGGAGGUAUUAUUCACUCUAUUUGUAUCAAUCACUUUCUUGAAGUUUAGAUCAAUAUUUUAUUUUUUAUUCCGGCAACAAUGACCCAUAAAAUACAUAUCUUAAAGACUAACAUAUAUGUAAAAUAUAUAAUAUACUAAUAUAUAACGCUCUACUUUUUUCGAUCUCUGGUAAUAAUUAAUGUUAACACAUUUUAACCGUGCAAAGUCAAAUACUUUGUCACUUAAGUCACUUAAACAUACAUUAAAGUUUGAAUAAUGUAACAUAACAAGUGAAUUUAAUAACCAGACGGAGAAUAAUCAUUGUAUAUUACUUACAUAAUAUAUUUAUUUAAAACUUGAGAUAACUUGCUUAAGUUGUAUAUUUAAUGUAAGACUUAAUUUAACUUAUUUGACUUAGCAGAUGAAACUCAACAGUGUUGUACUCUCAUCUGCAUGAAUUAUAUUACUAAUGAGUAUGCAACAAAAAACCUUUUGAGGCUUUUAAUAUUUUCUUGGCUUAUGAGUAUUGUUAGGGCGCAUGUAUUCAACACGAAUUUCAUCGCGCUCACGCCGCCGCACGAAGACCGCAUUGCCGCCGCGCAGCGACCGCGUGCACCUAACUGUUAUGGCAAAGUACGGUCUAUUCAUUUCGCUUUUACGUUAUAUCUUAAAUGAGCGUCACGGGCGCGCGGGCGAGACUGGAUUGUCUUUGGCUUACGCGGCGACCGCGCGGUUGUAUUAUUCAGAGGAAUUUAAAUGUUGUUGCCUAGUAAAUAGAAGUCAGAUUCGCCAUUAACGUACGUGAAAGGGUGGAAACCGCCGCGCGGCGGCCGCGCGAAAACCUUCGCGUCAUGCAACUGGGCGAUUGCGGUAUACUAUAUCGUAAUCCUCCCAAACUAGGCUAUUAUAGCAUCUAAAUUUACUUGUAAAAUAAACUAUUUUCUGAAUAAUCUAAAUAAUUUUAAGCAUUUGUCAUUGACUUACAUUUGUACAUUAUUUACAGCAUAAAGGACCAUAAUGAUUUGAAUAAGUAUAUACGUGUAACAAUUUUAAAAGACUUUUAUUAAUAUUUUUAUACGUAAAUAAAAUUGAUUUUCUGGUAUAUCCAUAUAUUGUGUUUUAAUCGGAUAUUGCCGUAUUAUAGAUUUCCCUC